GCCCGCUCUAACUACGUUUCAAGACGCCGUUUCACGACCCCUGUUGACACCAACGAGUCGCUUCGGCCUCAGGCCAAUCUAGAGCCGCAUGCGUUGUCUGUGGAGCAUCCUACGGGGUACACGAUAUUUGUUUACACACCUCAGCAUGUAGCAUGUGAAUAUCUGGCCCGGUAUUGGCCUUGAGGCCAUAUGUGCUGGCGGCGGCGGUGACGUAGCCCUAUGGUCUUCGCCCAGUCGGUACCAUUCCGCGAGAGAUCUGCACAAACUGAAUCUUACCCAACUUUUUCCCCAGACUUUUGUAACCCACUCCAAAACGCGUAGACAAACUCCAGCAGUCCCUACUAGGAGUGCUAAUAUCGGAGAAUACCGGACAACAUGUCGUCGCCAUACAUUCACGAGGCUGUCGCGCACCGCAGCAAACGCGUGCGCUUCUCCAACGAACCCGAAUCUUCGCCGCCUUCGAUGUCCUCCGACUCGGCCCUUGCGUCCACCAACGCCGCAGAGGACUCUACGACCAACGCAAGCGACUUGGGUACCUCAGACAGCGACAGCGAGCUGUCCGAAUCGAGCGAAGAACCCAGCAGCGACGAGACUUCAAGCGACGAAGAAGAGGACGACGACGGCGAGGACACAGAGAUGGAGCUUGAGGAGCCAAAAUCACAAGACGGCAUUGUAAAUCUACGCGCGAACAGGGGGAAGAAGCCCAUCAUGAAGCUGGGCGAUGAAGACCUUGGACCCGACAUUCGUGGUUUCCUCAAAGACUUUUUACCGCAGUUGAAGGCUGCAAAUGAAGAGUUGGAGGCGCAGAAGAAGGCUGGAACACUGAAGAGUUUAGACUCUGUCGAGGCGCAUGAGGAGGGUGAGCCAUACAUUGAGAUGGACCUUGGAUUAGGCGUGCUCGAGGAGAAAGACCCGAAUGCGAACAGCGACGACGACAGCGCGAGCGAUGCCGAAGAUGGCGACAAGGAGAAGGAUGUGCUGGGUAGAUUAAUGGGACGUGAGAAGAAAGAUCCAGCGGGUAUUGAGGUGGUGCAGAACACGACCGGGUCAUAAAGAGAUGAUAUUCAAGAGCAGCCCAUACUCUGCUGUCGCGCGCUCUACUGUCUUCUCCCACCACCCUACUUAGUGUCCGAUACCCCCCUUUGCCCACGUCGCGUCAGCAUUCUCGUGGAUCUUGGGCACCUCGAUAUACUCUCUGACUCCCUUCUUCCUCUGGUAAUCACUGCCAAAUCUCUGAUCCCUUUCCUUUACCCGCUUUUCGAAAUCCGGCAUCUGAUCUGCCGCCGUAUAACUCGUCAUCAACUGGGGUGGGCCCAAUGGCAGUUUGUCGCCCCGGUCAGUCUGCCAGAGAUGGUAGAUUUUGCCGUACAGCUCGACAACCUCUUCCAUCUCUUUGUUCUCAGCUACUUCCCACGCGGCCUCUGGGACGCCUGUUGGUCGCGGCAUGAUUAGCAUUCCGGAUUUCACUUCGAAGACGUGCGAAUGCCAGAGCUUUUGCUCUUCGGCAUCGAGUGUCUCGUAAAGCUUGGG